AUGGUCGCCAACCUCCUGCUACUCAUUGUGACCCUGAUUGUACAAGGCUCCAGCACAAACCUGACGCUGGUCAAUCUCGUCUUCAUUUUCUUCUUCUUGUUGAGCACCAACAGUGUGCUGGUGUGGACAGGCCACGUGCUAGAGCAGUUCAUCCCGUUCUUGCUGUGCUUGUUCAAUGCGUUGGUGAACAUGUCAAACGUACUGCUCAUGGCAGGGCGCGGCACUGGCAAUGGUGACCAAGGUCUGGGGAACGGCACUGAUGGUGUGCUGCUGGCUCUGCUGUAUGUCGCUUCAAUACCCGUUUUUGUGGCUGGCAUAUUGCUUGGUAUCAACAACAGGGAGCAGGUCUUCCACGGAUUGCCGCUGUACUGUGUUGUCAAAAUCAAUUCUAUCCAGAUGAUCUCUACCCUGCUUGACGCCCUGUUCUGCUCCGUAUCUCUCAUCUUGGCUGGUUGGAUUGCCAUCAAGUUGCUCUUGACCCAGCAAACAAUGGACACAUUGUUGAACCAUUUUGUUAACAAUCCUCUACUGUCUGUGGUGUUUGUCACCAGGGUCAUGGUGUUCUUGGGCUUUGUCUUGGCUGCGUUGAUAUGA